UCGGUAAACUCGCAUUCAGUAUCAUACAUACACAUACACAAUACACAUACAUACAACCAGAUUUAGCCAGCUCAAGUGUUGGGAAACACCCUCGGAUUUGAUUUGCAAACCGUCGACCGGGCUGCUCGAGGCUACCUUGCUAUCUGGGGCCUUUCUCCCCACGUUUGACCAUCACAACCGCGCAAGAUGACUUCGUCCGCAAACUACACAUGUCCGGAACCUUUUCUACCGCUAUACCAGUUCCCGAAACUCAGAGGAGAUAUCAAUGCUCGGUUUUGUACACCGCUUCCCAUCAAAGGAUUUCCAGAAUGCUGUCUGCCAUGUCCAAAGCAAAACUAUUUCUACCCGGACCGAUUCCAAAAGAUGAUCCACUCGACAACUUAUAUCAACCUCGUCAGCGUCGUCUGUUGCUGCUUCCUCCUAAUUAGCUUUGGCGUGCUUCCGAUAGAAGCGACACGCCGCCACUACCUGAGUGUUUGCUUGACCGUGGCGGUUUUGUUGAUGCAGCUGUCCUUUGUGGUACCUCUGGGAAACCAAAUGAACCAAUGCUACGACCUGAUCACGCCCCACGACAUGCACUCAAGCGUCAACUGUGCGCUCUCGGGUGCAUUGCUGUUGGGUGGAGGCAUGUGUGCAGUGAUGUGGGUCUUUCUGCGAACCCUUUCGCUUCACCUUCAGAUUUGCUGGCAGGUUGUACCUGGCAACAAGUUCUUUGUGGGUGCCCAGUUGGCCGGAUGGUCGAUCCCGGCGGUGUUUCUGGCAGCCGCCAUGUCCGUGACCGGUGUCUCUUUCCGCUUCGGUGAAUCUUGCCACAUCAACUCGAAGAAUGGCAUCCAGACAUUCUGGGGCCCGAUGCUUGCGAUGGCGGCAGCUUCCAUCGUCACGCAAUCCAUAACGUUCGGAUAUGUCACUCAGGUCUAUCUGCGCUCCCUGUUCGAGGAGAAGCCAUCGAACACUCAGGCCUCCAGCGGUUCCAACAACCCGUACAGCACCAGCCUCAGGACCGUCACCGCGUUCCAGGCUUUCCGACGCAUCCGAAGAGUGCUUGCGCUUCAGUGGCGAGGAAUCUUUGUCGUUAUCAUCAUUUUGGCGGACGUCAUCUAUUUUUCGACCGUCUUCCUGCAGUUCGAUGGGACCACGCAGAGGAACGAGACGAACCAGAGCCAUGCCCUGGAUUGGCUCCUGUGCAUGCUGAUCAACGAUGGCGAUAAGAACCAAUGUCACAAGCAGGCGAGCAAAUUGGUGGUGUCCGAAGGGACAGCGUUCUCCGUGCUGUUUCUGCUCUCGUUCAACGGCAUUUGGGCGCUCAUCUUGCUCGGACGACCCAGCAUCUAUCCCGCCUGGUUCGCCAUGAUCAAGCAAUGCUUCGUGCCCCUGAAAUCGCCCGACGAGUUUGUGUCAUACAACGCUCGACGGAUCUCGGAGCCCACAAACUCGUCGUACGAGAUGCUGGAGAGCAAGACGCGACACACGGCGUCCACCGCCGACCUCAACCUGAUGAAGCCCGAGCCUUCCAUCGUGCGGACAGACCUCACCAGCUCGCUGCGCGAAUACAACCCGUCCACCUUCUCAGCGCACAUGCGAGGACGGCCGACGCCGAGCAUCACCACCGCGUCGGCGGUCCCCUAUCCCACCUACCACGAUCUCGAGUCCGGUGGGAGUCGGAGUCCCCCGCCGCCCCCAUUCUCGCCGUUCCACGAUCUACCGAAUUACGACAACAGUCCAGAUUCUCGGAAUCCGCCAUCGUUCUCUCCGUACGCGGACAAUACACCCAACCGAACACCCGUUAGCGGAGGUCCGAAAUUCCCGGAGGGAGCCCGAAUUGGCUUUGCGAAAUAGACGCAUCGAGACCUCGACGCCUCUUUUUUUCUUUUUCUUUGCUUUUUCUGUCUUUCUUUGCUUUUUCUGUCUUUCUUUGCGUUUUCUUUUUUUUGGUUGUUCCCUUUUUCCGCUUUUUAUCCGUCCUUGUUCAUAUUGGCGACUUCACCUCUUUGGGCCUUUUAGCGGGUUA